CCGCUCGCCACUUCCGGCUUGGACUCCACAUCCGCUGACUUUUCCCGCUCUUGUCGGCACACGCUCAGUCGGUCGGUCGAUCGCCCUCUUGCGGCUGAAGCCAGAGCGGCAGCUAUUUUGCAUUGCCACCGUUCCCGACAACUCGUGCUGGCUUUCGGUCGGCUGAAAACGCCGUCAUCGCUACGCGUUUUGGUACCGACGACCACGUACGGAGUCUUGAGAGCCUCUCGAACGCACCAACUUGACAGUUCGGCACCGACCAUGUCGGCGCCAUUGGCGGCCGCCCGGUCACGUCGAGGGGGGCGAUGACGUCACGACGGCGGAAGGGAGCGGAGGCGAUAUAUGUGCGGGAUCGAAAAAGGCAGCGAGCGAAAGCGAACGAGGCGUCGCGGCGCGAGUGAGGGGCGACCGAGUGGAGUGACACUCAACGAGACGCCGGCUCGGGGCGCGCCGCGUGCGAAAGCAUGCCGCCAGUCCCCGCGCAGAUGCCUUGCCGCCGCGUGCGCUGCUCCGGCGGCGCGGCGCGGAUGCUGGCGCUGUUCGCGCUGACGUUCGGCGUGGUGCUUCCGGCCGCGUGCCACCGCCUGCUGCACUCCUACUACUUUGCGCGCUCGGCCUACUUGGACGCCAUGAGCCGGGACGCCCUGCGCCAGAGUCUGCGGCGCGGUCAGGACGCGCUGCUCUUCUGGCAGGCGGCGGCGGCGGGGCCCGACCCNNNCGCCGCCGAGCCUCCCCGGCACCCCGAGCUGCUGGUGACGGUGGUGACGACGCGGCGGCGCGAGUCUCUCCCUUACCACUACCUCCUGCAGGUGAUGCGCGAGCUGAGCGCUCUCCUGGGCGGCUGCGGGGAGCGGCCCUGCGCCCAGGUGGUGCUGUGCGACGUGGCGAGCGGCCCCGACGUCAACGAGGACGCCAGACUGCUGGAGCGGCACUUCCGCGUGCUGCGCCGGCCGGACGACCGAGGGCGGCGGCGGCGGGCCGUCAACUCGUUUGAGCGCGAGAAGCAGGACUACGUGUUCUGCCUGCGCCAGGCCUUCCAGCUGGCCCGGCCCCGCAACGUGGUGGUCCUGGAGGACGACGCCAUGCCGCUGCCGGACUUCUUCCGGGUGCUGAGGGAGCUGCUGAGCCGGCGCUUCGCCGCCCGCUCGCUCUACGUCAAGCUCUACCACCCCGAGCGGCUGCAGCGCUACUGGAACCCGGAACCCUACCGGCUCCUGGAGUGGGCGGGCCUGGGCCUGCUGGGCGCCAGCCUGCUGCUGGGGCUGCUGGCCGUCUGGAACCCGUGCGCGCUGCCCCUGCGCGCGUCCGCCGGCCACCUGGCGCUGCUGGCCGUGUACGUGAUGGCGGCGGCCGAGCUGCUGGGCCGCCACUACCUGCUGGAGGCGCGCCGGCUCUCGCCGCAGCUCUACGCCGUGUCGCCCGCCACCGAGUGCUGCACGCCCGCCAUGCUGUACCCGGGCAACGCCUCCCUGCGGGUGGCCGACUACCUGGACCGGGCCUUCUGCUUCGACGGCCACGCCAAGGACACGGCCCUCUACCGGGCCGUCCGCGCCGCGCCCGGAGAGCGCUCGCACAGCGUGGAGCCCAACCUGGUGGCGCACAUCGGCGCCUUCUCCUCCGUCAGGCCCAACCCGGCCGAGCCCAAGUUGCUCUGAGCUC